AUGAAGCCUACUCCUUGCAGCCUUCUCAUCCCCAUCCUUUUCCUGCUGAUGAGCCCAGGGAGAACGGAGCAGUCCAUAGAUUCCAUUGUGAAUGAAAGGAUAAAGGAAGCUCUUCAAAGUUUGGAGUGCAAUCCACCUGCCUCAGCAAGCAUCUCAUGUAUCAGUGUCACCAACUCCGGCAAACUGUCCUCCUGCCCUGCAGGGACUUCUGUCACUGGCUGUUCUUGUGGUUACGGCUGUGGUUCCUGGGAUAUCCGAAAGGAAACCACGUGUCAUUGCCAGUGCAGUGUGGUCGACUGGACCACUGCCCGCUGCUGCCGGCUGGUCUGA